GGUAUCCCAGUAUCCUCCACUCCAGGCGCUUUGUUGUUCUUACGGGACAGAAAGACGCAGAAAAUACUCGUGAAUUAGCCCUGAUCGGCCCGGGCCGAGUGAGGAUAACGUUUCCCCGGGUUCAUUCAAUCUGAACCGGGUCAAAGCGCCGGGUUAAACCGAUGCCAUGCGGGGUAAACAUGCGCAUUUGUGGGACUGAGGCAGCUGAGCAGUGAGCUAGCAUUAGCAUUAGCUUCCUCCCCCCAGGAGAGAGAGGGUGUCCGGACUGGAGCGGAAGAGGAGAAACCCACCGGGAUGCCUCACGCAAGUUGGGGGAAACUGUAUGUUACCGUCCCGCCCGGACUCCCUGGGCUUUAAACACGAAGGAUGUGCCGGCGCCGCUGAUACAGAAACUACCAGAAGCGUUCGGCGGCGGUCCCGUGGCCGUAAAACGUGCCACUUUAGCGAGUUAGCCACGUAGCCUCCCGCAGGAAGACGUUUAAAAUGGCGGAGGGCUGGCCCGUUGCUUCGGCCCUGGUCUUCGUGCUGCUCGGCCUGGCUGCCGGGGCCCUCGAGGCUUGUCCGGCUCCGUGCUCGUGUUCCACAGGGCCCGACGGGUCCCGGGUCCUGGACUGCAACAGGAAGAGGCUGUCGGCGGCUCCCCUGGACCCAGACGAGGGGAUAACACAAGUCACCAUGAAUCACAACGAGCUGACUGCUCUUCCGUUUCUUGGAGAUGUUUCCUCAAACAUCACCUCGCUGUCAUUAGUCCACAAUCGGAUCUCAGAACUGUCAAUGCACCAGCUGCAGCCCUACAUUUCCCUGGAGACGCUGGACCUUACAUCCAACUCGAUCUCUGAGCUCAAAGUUGGAUCCUUCCCCUUCAUGCAGCUGAAAUAUCUGAAUUUGAGUAAUAACAAGAUCAGCGUCCUCGAGCCCGGUUGCUUUGAAAACAUCUCCAGCUCCCUGCUGGUGCUGAAGCUGAACAGGAACAGAUUAGCUCUGCUGCCAUCCAAAGUCUUCAGACUUCCUCAACUUCAGUUCCUUGAAAUGAAGCGUAACAAGAUCAAGAUAGUGGACAGCCUCACAUUCAAAGGGAUGGACUCACUGAAGUCACUGAAGAUGCAGAGGAAUGGCAUCACUAAGCUCAUGGAUGGAGCCUUUUUUGGACUUAACAACAUUGAAGAACUAGAACUGGAGCACAACAACCUAACCGAGGUCAACAAAGGUUGGCUGUAUGGCCUGCGCAUGCUGCGUAUCCUGCGGGUCAGCCAAAAUGCAGUCAGCAUCAUCCGACCAGAUGCCUGGGAAUUCUGCCAAAAGCUCGAGGAACUAGACUUGUCCUUUAAUCAUUUGACUCGACUGGAGGAGACGGCUUUCGUCGGAUUAAGUUUCUUGGAGAGCCUGAACCUGGGAGAGAACUCCAUCAGCCAUUUGGGAGAGGGAGUGUUCAGUGGUCUGUCAAGUCUGCGUACCCUAGAUAUCCGCAAUAAUGAAAUCUCGUGGGCCAUCGAAGACUCCAUUGGCGUAUUUAAUGGAAUGAAGAAGCUGAACACACUAAUCCUACAGCGGAACAAAAUCAAAUCAAUCACGAGGAAAGCGUUUGAAGGCCUGGAGGAGCUGGAGCACCUGGACCUGAGCAAGAAUGGCAUCAUGUCGAUACACCCGGAGGCGUUGUCCCACAUGAAGCUCAAAGUGUUUGUCCUGAACACAAGCAGCUUGCUGUGUGACUGCCACAUGCAGUGGUUGGGGCCCUGGCUCACAGACAGUCUGUUCCAGCAGUCUGUCUCUGCUGUCUGUGCUCAUCCGGCCAGUCUACUUGGUCGCAGCGUCCUGACCAUCAGCCCGGAAGAGUUUGUUUGUGAUGAUUUCCCCAAACCUCACAUAACAACUCACCCAGAGACGUCGGUGGCGCUGCGGGGGAACAAUGUGACUUUGAGCUGCGUUGCCACCAGCAGCAGUGAUUUGCCGAUGACCACAGCUUGGAGGAAGGAUGGGGAGGUGCUGUAUGAUGCAGAAGUGCAAAACUACGCCCGGUUUCAGGAGGGAGAGCUCAUCUACACCACGAUGCUCCACCUCCUUAAUGUCAACUUUACUGAUGAGGGGCGCUACCAGUGUGUGGUCUCCAAUCACUUCGGCUCCAACUACUCCAACAGGGCCAAGCUUACUGUCAAUGAGCUACCAUCUUUUCUUAAGACUCCCAUGGACCUGACAAUCAGGACUGGGACAAUGGCCAGGCUGGAGUGCGCGGCCGAAGGUCAUCCAUCACCCCAGAUUGCUUGGCAGAAGGACGGAGGCACAGACUUUCCUGCCGCCCGAGAGCGAAGGAUGCACGUGAUGCCGGAUGAUGACAUCUUCUUCAUUGCUAACGUGAAGACAGAAGACAUGGGAGUUUACAGCUGCACGGCUCAGAAUGCAGCUGGUAGUCUGUCGGCAAACGCCACUCUCACCGUCUUGGAAACGCCAUCCUUCAUGCGGCCGCUGGAAGACAGGACCGUGGCUCGUGGUGAAACUGCCGUGCUUCAGUGUAUAGCUGGAGGCAGCCCUGCCCCUCGUCUCAACUGGACCAAAGAUGACGGACCCCUGGUACUGACAGAACGCCAUUUCUUUGCCGCCGCCAACCAGCUACUCAUUAUUGUAGACGCCGGUCCUGCUGAUGCGGGAAAAUACACCUGCAUCAUGUCGAAUACUCUGGGAACGGAGCGCGGCCACAUCUACCUCAGUGUCUCGCCGUCGCCGAACUGCGAUACGGGUGCAGGGUACGACCAGGACGGUUGGACCACAGUGGGCAUUGUGGUGAUCGUGGUGGUGUGCUGUGUGGUCGGAACCUCGCUGGUCUGGGUCAUUGUGAUCUAUCACAUGCGCAGAAAGAGCGAGGACUACAGUAUCACAAAUACAGAUGAAAUGAAUUUGCCGGCAGACAUCCCCAGCUACCUGUCCUCUCAGGGAACUCUGUCAGAGCCGCAGGAAGGAUACAGUAACUCUGAAGCUGGCAGCCACCAGCAACUCAUGCCUCCUCUCUCUAAUGGAUACGUCCAUAAAGGGACAGAUGGUGUGUGUUAUGGAGACACGAGCAGUGAGGUGGAAGCGGAGGGGAAUGGCGUGCUGCACUGCAGGGUCGGCUCUCUGUUCACUGGCCGCAGCAGUUUCCACCCUGGGGAUCCCCGUGAGGGACUAGCUGGAGUCCCCACAGGUGGUGCAGGUCAGCUGGUCAUCUGCUCCGACUGCUACGACAACGCCAACAUCUAUUCCCGCACACGGGAGUACUGCCCGUACGCCUACCUGGGAGAGGACGACCCGCUGGACAAAGCUCUACCAGGCCUGAAGGAGAACUUCAUUGAGCACGGCCAGCAUGUGGACACGGCUCUGGAGAACCUCAUUAGCAACCAGGACACGUCCCUCUUCCUCACCUCACAUGACAAAAGGUUGAGCAGCCACACCCCCCCGGAGCACUACGCUAAUGAUUCCCUCAGCAGGUCAUUCUGGGGAGACGGGGAAGAUCUGUCCUCCAAACCUCGUCCCGGAGCGUCCCAGCACCCAGUGACUGUUCACAGGACGCCUCCCCUGGUGUCCACUGCAGAAGGGGCAGAGGAGCACAGUGAGGCAGAGGCGGACUACUUCCCCAGCCAAUGCACACAGGACCACAGAAGUGCCUCUAAUAGGACUAACCCUCAGGAGCACCCUGCUCCCACAUAGGUCCUCACAGUCCAUGUUCUGCCUCUGACUCCUUGUCGCUGCCCCCCUCCCCCUCCUUUUCACCCACUACCUCCAAAGAGACUCCUCACAUUCUGCCAAAGAUGCUCUCUUGUAUGUUUACAUUCCCCUUUCACUCAAGAGGACACGCUAACGUUCUCCGCUGUGGAAUGACUGCUGUGUCAGGCUGGAGAAAUGGACCGGUGAUUAAAGUGACCUCCUCCUCGACACCUCCACCUCUGCAGGGCUCUUAUUUCCCCACGUCCUCCGCCACUCCUCUUUUUUCUCUUCAGAGAGAAAGCUAUGAAUGUAUGCUUUAAAGAGCCAUGUUGGAUGGGAUUGUCCCUGCUGCUGCUGCUGAGGGGCUGAAAUGGUUUGUUUCAUCAUUCCUGGUACUGACACCACAUGACUGAAAUAGACAUUACAAACCAUCUCUUCCCAACUCGGGGGGAGGGGGUUUAAAUGGGGGACAACUGUAGCUCCCUCACCAGCAGAUUGUGGUGGUUAAUAUAGGGAAGAACCUCAAAAGCAUAUGUACCACAUUCCCACAGCUUUUAUGACUGUAAACUAUGCUAUCUAGUAUCCUGUUAUGCAAAUUCCAGAGACAGUUGAACACCAAAACGUGGUGUAUAUUAUGAAUAUAUAUGAAUAUAUCCUAUAUCAUCUUUAUCUGAUCUUGUUUUCGUCCUGUGUCAAACACAAUCGCUGUUCACUUCACUUCAUAUCUUCAUCAUGACGAGCAGUUUGGGGAGAAAUCUUCUUUUGCACAUGUGACAAUCAGUUUGCCGGCUAUUUUUUUCUCCUGGUUGUCUUCUCGAUGGCCUUAUUUUUAACAAGGAUUCUCAGUAACCUCAUCAGGUGACAUUAUGGUUUGUAUACUGGAUGCACUGAAUUGUUUUUCCCUUCUUCUCAUGUCUUACAGGCACUUAAUGUAAUGGAGGUAAACUUUUACACGGAACACAUGCAGUUAGCCUGGAAAUUAGACCAAUCAGCGAGCUUCUGUUUGUUUGCUCUUGCAAAUGGGUCCGCCCCCAACCGCCUGUCUGCGCAGACAGAAUUCCUCCGACCUGCUGAUGUGGAGAGGUCGUUUAAAUCCAUGAUCACGACUGUAUUAAACAGAUCUGGACAUUUUCUCUAAAAGAAAAACAAAUGAAAACCUGCACUUAGGCUACAUCCAUACGUGAUACGUCUGCCGUCCACACUCCAGAGGCCUUUGUGAAUAUAAACAUACAACUAAAUGUAUUUAGAGGUUCCAGACCCAUUUGUAAAUGCAAAUCGGUGAGAUAGUGUCAGGUUAGCACGCCAUGUUAUUCUGUGAGGAUUCAUCACCGCCAUCUUUUCCACAAAGUUCAUGAUCCUUACGCAGAAAUUGAUUAAGCCUUAAGUUUUCACUUGGGACUGUGAAAUAUGAGAAUGUAUUGUAUGAUUUUAUACAUGUAUGUAUGUAAGUAUGUGUACAGAAGGUUAUCGUCCAUGGCCUAUUAGUCCAUUUGCAGAGAGGUUUGAGACGUAAGCUGCAGUAACUCUAUUAACACUAAGCCUUUAUUGUCCCUCCCGGCGCUGUCCAAAUGUUUUUAAAUGUUACAACACAUUUCCUUCAGAAGUUGUUUUUUAUUUCCUCAACUGAGACUCUUUCAGUUAAAAUAUCAAACAGCCUUCAAACUCAGCAAUACCUUUUUCCAAAUGUCAGCCUUCGCUUUGAGGAUGUGAAAAUGAAAAUGCCUUUGCUGUAAAAGAAUGUGGACGUGUUUCAACAGGUUUUUAUCUCUGGUUCUCCUUAAAAAACCUCUGUACUAUCGCAGCUCGGUGAAGCUCCGAUCUGAUUGCCUUUGUCUGUGACUGGCCUUGAAAACUUAACUGUAUGUGCUCUAGAUAUCUAGUUUAGAGUUUGCAGUUUAUUAGGUACAUGUAGAAGUACAUGAUUCAUUUUAAUCCCAACAUUCCUGCAGUAAAUGGAUGUUAUGUCUGACAACCUGUAUUUUCUAGGUUUUUUUAAAUUAUCAUUUCCAUUUGUUGAUGAUCAUGACUGCUACAUUCUGCUCUUCUAUUUGUGACCAAGGAGAGAUUCUCAUCUUCUGCCUCUAUUAUCAGUGGUACGCUGACGGCUCUAUCUACCCGACACAGGGCGCCACCAAGCGCCACACACGUGUCUUAGUUUCAGACCAACACGUUUGUUGUUUUUCUCGUCCAACAGCCAGAUUGUUUUCAUGGCAAGUGCACUUGCGUGUAGAUCUUCCGCCAGGAGCACACCUUGCUUUCAAAGGGAAUGGGACAUGGUACUCUGGUUGGUUUAUUGCAUGUUACACCUAAAGAGACUAAGCCUAACCCUUUUUAAACCAUGCAACUGCAGAAACCUUUUUUUAACUAUUAAACUUGCAAAAGAGGAUUUGGAUCUGCCCUGAAUGCACUAGCUUCCUGUUCUCAAUCAAUAGCUACUCGAAAUUGACAUGUAUUUGUUAAGCAGCGAAAAGUUUCAUCACACUUUCUGCUUCUCUCUGGUUUGUGCAGACGCUAGUUUCAUUCUUGCAAACUUGUUUUCAUAUUUUUGUCACUUUGCUGGAAUCAGAACAUCCCAUGCCUGUUUCUUCAAACGGCAGAAAACUAAUUAUCUCUCCUGACUUUCCUGAGUUCCUUUUGUACUCGACACACUCUCUGUUUCUGUGGAAGCAGAUAUCUGAUGUUUCUUUAUGUUCUCUGGCUUAUACCUCUGAUCAUUUUCAUGCCCCUUGAAAAAGUAAAAAGGAAACUUACAUGUGACAACAUGAAAUUUACAGGAAACUUGCAUGUCCUGGGGGGGUAAUACAUCGAUUCAGUAUUUAUUAUUUUCUGCCGACCCAGCCUAACACAAUGUGCAUUUAUAAUGUUCUACUCUCUGAAACGUCCUUUAUGACUUUAUACCAAAGUUUAGCAGUAACUGCUCUGGCAAUAUCCAAUGCUGCUUUUUUGUAUUGUUGAAGUUUUUCAUUUUGUUUAGUAUUUUUGGACCUUAUUUACCUGUACAUUCUGUAAAGCAUGUCUAAAGAGACUUUUUGUUACAUAGCCAUUACUCCAACAUUAAACAUGAAUUCUGAUAA